AUGGCAGUGGAGCGGAGCGAGGCGCAGGAGGCGCAGGAAGAGGUGGCGCCGGAAACGUGCGAGGGCGAGCCCGAGGUGGCCGACGUGCAGGUGCUCACGCUGAACCACGGGGAACACCAGGAUGCUACAUUGUAUAGAUUCGAAAAGGGUUGCUGUUUGCAGUUCUGCCCUGGUCCUAGUCUACUGGGUCGCAAAGUGUUUCUCUACACAAACUAUGUAGUAUCAGAUAAUCCGGAGGAGAAGGGCGAGCAGGUGGAGUUCGUGCGCAACCAGUACUACGGGCUGGAGUGGCGGCGCACGGAGGCGGAGGGCGGCGCGGUCGACGCGCUCGGCUGCGGCCUGCUCGUGGACGACACGGACGCGCACUGUGAGUUGCGCCUCGCGCGCGCUGGCGUCUACCACUACUACUUCGUGUACGACAGCCCAGAGUCGCGCGUGGGGCCGCAGGGCUCGGGCUGGUUCCACGUGGAGCCCACGCUGGUGGCGGGCGGCGAGCGGCUGCCGCUGGACGCCGUGCUGUGCCAGACCGUGCUGGCCAAGUGCCUGGGCCCGCUGCCGCGCUGGCGGCGCGCGCUGCGCCUGGCGCACGAGGCCGGCUACAACAUGCUGCACUUCACGCCCGUGCAGCAGCUGGGCGCGUCCGGCUCCUGCUACAGCCUAGCUGACCAGCUGCGCGUGGACGCGCGCUUCGCCGACCCCGCCGACCCCGCCGCCGCGCCCAGCUUCGCCGACGUCGAGAGCGUCGUCGCCGACAUGCGCAACGAGUGGAAGAUGCUGUCGAUCUGCGACGUGGUACUUAACCACACGGCCAACGAGACGCCGUGGCUGAGCGAGCACCCCGAGGCCACGUACAACUGCCACAACUGCCCGCACCUGCGGCCGGCGGCGCUGCUGGACGCGCUGCUGGCGCGCCUCGGCGCCGACGUGGCGACCGGCGCGCUGGAGCCCGAUGUGCCGCGCCUCAUCGCGCAGCACGAGCACGUGGACGCGCUGCGCCGCGAGCUGCUGCGCCGCCUGGCCGCCGCGCGCCUGCACGAGCUGUACCAGGCCGACGCCGACGCGCUCGUGCGCCGCUUCUGCGCAUUGGCCCGCGCCCGCGUGCCCGUGCCCGCCGCCCCCGCAGUCCCCGCCGCACUGGCGCUGCGCCCCGACGCGCAGCGCCGCCGCCUAGCCGCCGACGUGGACAUGGAGCUGGCGCUGCGCCUGUACAACGUGCGCCGCGCCGACUGCGCCGACGAGGACGCGCGUGUGCGCCGCUGCGGCGAGGAGCUGCGCCGCCGCCUGGAGCAGCUCAAUGAGGCCGCGGCCGCCGCCGUGGCGGAGCACCUGCGCGCCGCCGCCGACAACGUGGCGGCCGGCGUGCGCUACGAGCGCCUGCAGGCCGACGGGCCGCGCCUGGGUGAGGUGAGCGCGCGCCGCCCGCUGGCGCCGCGCUACUUCACGCUGCCCGAGGCGGGCGCGGCCGCGGCGGAGGCGGAGGCGCUGGUGUACGGCGCGGGUGGGCGCCUGGUGAUGGCGCACAACGGCUGGGUGAUGGACGCCGACCCGCUGCAGGACUUCGCGGCGCGCGAGCACGACGGCCGCGUGUACCUGCGCCGCGAGCUGCUGGCGUGGGGCGACAGCGUCAAGCUGCGCUACGGCGCCGCGCCCGAGGACUGCCCCUUUCUGUGGGCGCGCAUGCGCGAGUACGUGUGCCUUACGGCGCGGCUGUUCGACGGGCUGCGCCUGGACAACUGCCACUCCACGCCGCUACACGUGGCCGAGCACCUGCUGGACGCGGCGCGCGCCGUGCGCCCCGACCUGUACGUCGUGGCCGAGCUCUUCACCAACUCCGACCACGUCGACAACAUCUUCGUCAACCGCCUCGGCAUCACUGCGCUCAUUCGUGAGGCGCAGAGCGCGUGGGACGCGCGCGAGCAGGGCCGCCUGCUGCACCGCUACGGCGGCGCGCCCGCCGGCGCCUUCGCGCGCGCCGCGCGCCGGCCCGCCGCGCCGCGCGUGGCGCGCGCGCUGCUGCUUGACGUGACGCACGACAACCCCAGCCCGCUGCAGCGCCGCAGCGUGUUCGACGCGCUGCCCACGGCCGCGCUGGUGGCGGCGGCGUGCGGCGCAGCGGGCAGCACGCGCGGCCUGGACGAGCUGGUGCCGCACGCCGUGCACGUGGUGGACGAGGCGCGCCUCUACGCCGAGUGGGCCGGCGGCGACGAGGCGCCGCUGCUGGCCGCGCGCCGCGCGCUCAACGACCUGCACCGCGAGCUCGUGCUCGACGGCUACGACGAGGUCUUCGUGGACCAGAUGGACGACGACGUGGUCGCCGUCACCAGACACAAUCCGCGCAAUAGGAAGUCUGUGAUCGUGGUGGCGGUGACGGCGUUCAAGCCGCCGGAGCCCGCGUGCAGCGGCCGGCAGUUGCGGCCGCUGCGCUUCGAGGGGCAGCUGGAGGAGAUCCUGCUGGAGGCCACGUUGCGGCACCGUGACCACCGCGCCACCGGCCGCGCCUGCCAGCCGCCCGGCGCCUUCGUGCGCCACCCCGCCGUCAUCAACGGCUUGCGCGAGUACGAGUGCGCCGUGCGCCGUGCCGUGCCGCCCGCGCACGCCGCGCUCGUGGCCGCCGUACGCCGCGACGCGGGCGCCACCGAGCUGGCCUUCCGCCCGCUGCCGCCCGGCGCCGUGCUAGCGCUGCGCGUGGCCCCGCUGCCCGCGCCCGCCGCCGCGCUGCGCCGGCUGCGCGCCGCCCGCGUCGCCGAGCGCGAGCGCUGCGGCGGCGGCGCAUACGACGUGCCCGGCCACGGCCCGCUGGUGUACGCCGGCCUGCAGGGUGUCGUGUCGCUGCUGGACGAGCUGGCGCCGCGCGACGACCUGGGCCACGCGCUGUGCGCCAACCUGCGCGCCGGCGACUGGCUGCUGGAGUACCAGUGGCGGCGGCUGGAGGGCGACGCGCGGCUGGCGGGCGUGGCGGCGUGCUACCGCGACGCGCUGAGCCCGGUGGCCGAGCUGCCGCGCUUCCUGGUGCCCUGCUACUUCGAGGCGGUGACGCGCGCUCUGCACGCGGAGGUGACGCGCGCGGCGCUGGCGCGGCUGGGCGACGCGCGCGGUUCGCUGCGGCGCGCGCUGGCGCUCACCGGCGUGCAGCUGGCGGCGCGCGUGCGCUCGGCGCCGCUGCCGGCGGUGGGCGCGGGGGGAGCGGGGGACGCGGCGUCGCUCAGCGCGGGGCUGCCGCACUUCGCAGUGGGCUACAUGCGCUGCUGGGGGCGCGACACCUUCAUCGCGCUGCGUGGCCUCUUCCUGCUCACGGGCCGGUACGAGGACGCGCGCAAUCACAUCCUCGGGUUCGCGGCGUGCUUGCGCCACGGCCUCAUCCCCAACUUACUUGACGGCGGCCGCAACGCGCGUUACAACUGCCGCGACGCCGUGUGGUGGUGGCUGCUGGCCCUGCAGCAGUACUGCGCCGCCGCGCCGGACGGCGCCGCGCUGCUGGCCGCGCCCGUGCGCCGCCUGGCCGCGCCCGAUGCCGCGCCCGCGCCGCUGCACGACCUCGUGCAGGAGGCGCUCGACGUGCACUUCCAGGGGCUCGUGUUCCGCGAACGCAACGCCGGCCGCCAGAUCGACGCGCACAUGUCCGACAAGGGCUUCAACGUGCAGAUCGGCGUGGACCCCGAGACCGGCUUCCCCUUCGGCGGCAACGACGCCAACUGCGGCACGUGGAUGGACAAGAUGGGCUCGUCGGAGGCGGCCGGCACGCGCGGCAAGCCCGCCACGCCGCGCGACGGCAGCGCCGUGGAGCUGGUAGCGCUGGCGUACAGCACGGUGACGUGGCUGGCGGCGCAGCACCACGCCGGUCGCCACCCCUACCCUGGCGUGGCGCGCCGCCACCGCGACGGCGCGCUCACCGCCUGGACCUGGGCGCAGUGGGCCGAGCGCAUCCGCCGCGCCUUCGAGCGCCACUUCUGGGUGCCGGCCGCGCCCUCCGCCGCCGACGCGCGCCCCGACCUCGUGCACCGCCGCGCCAUCUACAAGGACACGCACGGCGCCGAACGCGCCUGGGCCGACUACCAGCUGCGCUGUAACUACCCCGUGGCCAUGGCCGUGGCGCCCGACCUCUUCGACCCCAAGCACGCCUGGCUCGCGCUCGACAACGUGGAGCGCCUGCUGCUGGGCCCGCUCGGCGUCAAGACGCUCGACCCGGCCGACUGGGCCUACCGCGGCGACUACGACAACUCCAACAACAGCGACGACCCCAGCGUCGCGCACGGCUUCAACUACCACCAGGGCCCCGAGUGGGUCUGGCCCAUGGGCUUCUACCUGCGCGCGCGCCUCGCCUUCGCGCACGAGAACGGCAAGUACGCCAAGACCGUGGCGGCCGCCUACGCCGCGCUGGCGCCGCACGUCGCCGAGAUAACCUCCUCGCCGCCUGGAGCUCGGCCGCUGUGCUCGAGGCGCUGCACGACCUGGAGCAGGCCCGCCGCGCGCGGCCGCUGCCCGCCGACUGACGCGUCCUCCGCGGCCGCCCGCGCCUUGUGCGCCACGCGCCGCGUCCGCCCCCCUCACCGCCCGCCCCGCCUGCGCUCUACGCCGAGCCCUACGAGAGCACGCCGCCGCGUCGCGCUGCCGCGCUGCGCCGCUUGCUGCCGCGGCGCCGCGCGCGCGCCGCCUCAGUGCGCCUCUCGCGCGUGUACAACGAGCUGCUGCCCGCGCGCGCCGCCACGCUCAGCACUGUCGUCUACAGCGACCGCUACUUCCGGUACGGGCUGCCGUUGCGCGCCGCGCCGCCCGCCCACCACGCGCCGCCGCCCGCUCGCCCCGCGCCGCCCGCGCCCGGCGCCGGCGUGCUGCUGGACGCCCCCCGCAGCCGCGCCGCCCGCCUCCCCGCGCCACGCGCCGCUGCGCCGCGCGCGCCGCGACCUGCCGCGCGUGUUCGGCGCGCCGGCGCCCGGCCAAUACGCCGCGCGCCGCCUGCCGUUGGACUACCGGCGCGGCGCGGCCGGCGCGCCGCCCGCCCCCGCGCCUGCGCCCGCACCAGACGCCGAGCGGCGCUGGCGCUGCGACUCGCCCGUCGGCAGCCGGUGCUCGUCCAGCGAGUGGGCGCCGCGACCGCAGUUCGCGCUGGAGGAGCCGGCGCGCGAGGCGGCGGCGGUGUACGAGACGGCGGCAGCGGAGGCGUACGGCGCGCUGGCCAAGGAGUCGCGGGCGGCGGCGGUGAACUCGGCGGGCGCGCUGCGACGCAAAGUGCUGAACACGGAGCGCUACGUUCGCGGCGCGCGCGCGCUGCGGCGCGGCUCGCGCGCCCAGCGCGCCGCGGUGCGCGCGCUGCUGACGCUCAGCGGCGCCUUCUACGCAGUGGCGCUGCUCGCCUUCUACUUCUUGAGCCUCGCC